AUGAAGAAAUUCAGAUUUGGAAGAAAGAAUAGUACAGCUACUUCAACCACUUCGUCCAACAAAAACUCCCCAAGAAAAGAAAAGAUCAGAAGCAGUCGUACUUCUAAAUCAUCAGCAUCAUUUCAAGCGCCAAAUUCCCCACCUCACUCAGGACACGAAAAAGGAAGGUACGGACACACUUUUGCUGAAGAAGAUUUAAACGACGAUCAUCACUCAUAUUCACAUCAACAAGGAAGCAAACACAAUAUGCCGGUCGCUCAGGAUCUUCAUAGUUAUACCCUGGAACCAUUUGGCAUCACCACAGAUCCAUCAACCGUUCCUUACAAGUCUCGUGCUCCACCACAUUUGAAUGUCACUAAUCCAUGGAAUAGGUUCAAGAUUUUUGAUUCACCAUUCCCUAGAUAUAGGCAUGCAGCUUCGGCCAUUUCAAGUGAUAAGAAUGAAGUGUUUAUCAUGGGUGGUUUGAAAGAUGGAUCGGUGUUUGGCGAUACAUGGAGAAUUGUACCUCACGAAAGUAAUGAUGGUGGUGAAGUGUUGAAUUAUUCGGCUGAAAAUAUCGAAGUUACUAAUAAUAACAACCCACCUGCUAGAGUCGGUCACUCAUCAGUGUUGUGUGGUAAUGCUUUUAUCAUUUAUGGCGGGGAUACAGUUGAAACAGAUGAACAUGGGUUCCCCGAUAAUAAUUUCUACUUAUUCAACAUCAACAAUCAUAAAUAUACCAUCCCUAGCCAUAUCUUGAACAAGCCCAAUGGUAGAUAUGGACACACAAUUGGCGUUGUUGCAGUAAACAACUCGUCAUCGAGGCUUUAUUUGUUUGGCGGACAAUUGGAAAAUGAUGUGUUCAAUGAUAUGUAUUAUUUUGAAUUGAAUUCAUUUAAGUCACCCAAAGCUAGUUGGAAAAUUGUUGAUCCCGUAAACAAUUUCAGGCCACCACCAUUGACCAACCACUCAAUGUCGGUAUACAAGGAUAAGAUUUAUGUAUUUGGUGGCGUUUACAAUAAUGAAAAAGUUUCCAAUGAUUUAUGGGAAUUUGAUGUUGAAAUGGAAAAAUGGCAACAAAUUCAAACUAAUGGGACUAUUCCAUUACCAGUUAAUGAACAUUCAGCAUGUGUUGUUGAUGAUAGAUUGUACAUUUAUGGUGGUAAUGACUUUAGUGGUGUCAUUUACAGUAAUCUUUAUGUAUUGGACUUGAAGACUUUUACUUGGUACAAGUUGUUGGAAAGCGCUGAGGAAAAUGGCCCGGGACCAAGAUGUGGACACUCAAUGACCUAUUUACCCAAAUACAACAAGUUGAUAAUUAUGGGUGGUGAUAAGAAUGAUUAUAUUGUUGCUGAUCCACAUAAUUUCGAUACCUAUGAGACUUUUAAUGGUGCAGAAGUUGGAACAAUGAUUUACGAAUUGGAUAUAAAUAUUGUUGAUCAAUUUAUGUCUGAACCUAUUGAGCGAGCAAGGAAACCAAGAAAAGCUGCAGCUUCUGCAGUUGGUGCUCAGGCUAGCGAAGGAUUUGAUCGUCAUUCAAGAACAGGUUCAACUGGUCCUGAAGAUUAUGCAACCCCACGUGCAUCGCCACCACCUCCAGAUCGUACUGACUUGAAUCGAGGAUUAUCAACAAAUACAAUGAAUCGUCAUGCUGAUUUCGUUGAUGUUGAUACUCCUUCAGGUACAAUCUCACAUACUGAUCAUGAGGAAGAAGAGGAGGAGGCGGAAAAUAUUGUACCACAUGUGAAUCCAUAUGAGCAAGUUGAUCGUGAAACUAACAACUCUCAAGCAGGUGAGCCAGUUAAUGGACAUUUGGUAACGGACGAUGAAGAAGGUGAUGACGAUGAGGGAAACUAUUUGAGAAGAAGAUCACUUGAUCCUAAAUUCAACCAUGAUCAUGAAGAUGUGGUCACCAAUGGGGUUUCAGGAGCUGGUGUAGCUGCAGCAUUUGCCGCUGCUGGUGCUGCUGGAAAUUCUGCUGGACAUGCUUCAGUGUUGAAGAGAACUUUGGGAGGUAACUACGAUAAUGAUGACGAUGAUGAAGACACAAUCGAAGAAGCAUCUAAAAACAGAAGAUCCAGUUUUGCUGAUAAAUCAUAUGGUCUGACUUCUCACUACCCUGAUAUAACUAGCGAUCAUGAAGCAUCAUCAUACGCACAUGAUAAGAGUUAUAGUAGGGAUACAGAAGACGAAGAGGAAGAUGACAUUAUAAAACCAAUUUCCAUCAACAGAAGCGUCCGCUCGACUGAGGCUGCAGCCCCCUUCAACUCAACCACCUCAUCAUCAAAUGACACAAGAUUGAAUCGAAUCAUUGAAGAUUUACGAAAUGAGUUGGAUCAAGUUAAAUCUUCAACUAGUCAACAAUUGCAAACCGCAAAUGACAAGAUCAAUUCCUUACAACAACAAAAUACGCAAUUACAAUCGGCCCACAAAAAUGACAUUGAUGUUUACACACGUCAAAUCAAUGAUAAAGACGCUAUGAUUAACGAGUUGAAACUGAGCCUUGAUCCAAGUGCUUGGGAUCCCGAAGCGCCACAAACUGCGACAAAUUUAUCAGAAUUGAGUCGAUACAAGUUGGAAAGAUUAGAAUUGAAUAAUAAAUUGCUCUAUUUACAACAAGAAAAUAGCAAGUUGCAUGAUCAAUUUGCUGAAUUUGAACCAUUUAUGAAUAAUCAAAUUGGCGAAUUGGCCAAGUUCCAAAAAGUGAUUAAAGUACAAGAAGAGCAAAUUGAAAAAUUGUCAUAUCAAGUUAAAGAUCAAGAAGUUUUGCACAAGGAGAUUAAUGAUUGGAGAACGAAAUUUGAAAAUUUGAAUUUGGAAUUUGAAAAUUAUAGAGCUAUUCAUAAUGAUGAUGAUAUUGAGCUUGAACAAGAUGAUGAAGCAUCAUUUGCACAAGGAGGAAGCGCAAGCGGUGACAAUAGGUCUAUCUUAUCCCUGGCUAGAACAAGAAGAGAUAUUUCCACCCAGUUGGAAAGCUUAGUCUCGUUAUGGAAUGUCAAACAUCCCUCAGCACGUGAAGUUUCGCCUACAGCAACACCAGAAAAUAACCCCGUUGUCGCUAAAUUACAACAACAAGUUGAUGACUUGUUGCGUAUCUCUAAGCAAAAUGAUGAAAUUAGCCAUCAAGAAAUUUCACAAUUGCGUCAAGAAUUGACUCAACGUAUUAAUAAUUUGAAAAAUUUGGAAGAUAAUUAUCGAGAAUCAUUACAAUCGGUAAAUAACACAUCAAAAGCAUUGAAGUUGAAUCAAGAAGAAUUGAAUAACCAACGCAACUUUAUGGAUAAGUUGAUUAAGGAAAAUAAUGAGUUGAAGAUGUUUAAAUCUGCCCAUUUGAAAAAGAAUAAUGGCUCGUCAACAGCAACGCCAGUUUUGGAUGAUGCAUUUACUGAUGCAUAUGAAUCUGUCAAUCCUGAUGACGUUGAAGAUGAUGAAGGAGUCAUUAGUAAUGCACAUUUCAAUAUGAAGAUUAAAGACCUCGAGGCUGAUUUGUAUAUUAUCAAGCAAGAGAGAGAUCAAUUGAAGAACAAUGUCACAGCAUUGCAAAAGCAAUUGUAUUUGGCCCAAAAUAGUUAA